GCCCAUGCUGAAAAAGAAGAAAACUACUGGGAUUCUGUACUCUGAAGUGAUGAGACCAAGAUAAAUGUUUUUGGAACUUAUGGCUUCAAAACUAUGGUGUCGCAAAGGUAAGGAGUACAAAGUAAAAUGCAUGGUGCCUAUAGUGAAACUAGGUAGUGGCAGUGUCCUUCGGUGGGGCUGCAUGAGUGUUGCUGGAGUCGGGGAGCUGCACUUCAUUGACGGCAUCAUGAAUUCACAGAUGUACUGCUCAAUAUUAAAAUAGAAGUUUUCCAACAUGAGAAUGAUCCAAAAUGCACUUCUAAGGCCAAUGUUGCGUUUCUGA